UUGUGUGAAGCAACCAAUUUACGCUGACUAAAUCGAUUCCCGAUUUGCGCAUCUCUUCGCAGACGCUUCAGCCAUGGCUGCCACUCUCGCCACCUCCACUGCCAUUGCAGCUCAGUCCCUGUCGAUGGCAAAGGCCGUGUCUUCCUCUACCACUAUCCCGGCUUUCUCGGGCCUGAAGUCUCUCUCUAAGGCGGCCACCUUGGCGAGCAGCUCCAUCUCAGCCAAGAGCUGCGCCUGCAAAAAGUGCACGGGCUCCAAGAGCCGCUCAGUGCGCGCCGAGUCCGUCGUCACACACACGAGCGCCGUACCCAGCCCUAACGGCAACGGCACCACCUACUACGUCGUCAACAUCACCUUCCCCAGCCCAGCCCAGGCCGCAGCUCCCGCCACCGUCCCCGCCGCCGCCGCCGCCGCCGCUACCGAUGCCGCCGCCGCCGCCCCUGCGGCCGCAGCGGCGCCCGCCAUCGGCGGCAUUCCCCGCGUGAAUCAGGCCGCGCUGCCCGCUCUCGCGUCCAUGGCGAAGUUCUUCCCGAACGCGCGGCAGGAGGAGGAGUUCCUGCACGCCGUGGCGGUGGAGCUGAACAAGCUGGGGUUCCGCAAGGACAACGGCAUCGCGCUCGUUAACACGUGCCGCGACGAGGUGUGCAGACCCAUCGUGAACCUGAUCGACAAGGAGUUCGGGCUGAGCUUUAACGUGUCCGGGCUGGGCGGGCUGGUGAACUGCGGGAAGACGGGGUUCAAGGCCGCCAUGAGCCACUCGCCCGAGUUCCUCUGCGACGUCGAUGGCACCAUCAAGGAACGAUACAUUUUCUUCGCGUUCCCCCAUGUGUCGGUCGGCGAGUCCGGCGAGGUGGGCUCUCUGCUGCGCCGCGGGCGCGGCAAGUCGUCCUCCGCGUGCGGAGCGCUGAUCGCGAUCAAGAACGACAUCAACGCGGGCAACGGCCCGACGCCCGACGACGACGACGCGGAGUACCAGCUGCUCAAGACCAAGGUGAUGGAGAAGGUGCAGCGCAAGAAGGAGGGCGAGCUGCUGUCGCUGGUCCAGGUCACCAAGGCCGCCAUGCAGGCAAUUAAUGAGGACCUCGAGAAGCUGAUUGCGCUCACCGUCGAUCCCGCCACGGCGGACUAUGCGGUUGUCACUGGCGUGCAAAUCCACUCUGGAAACCAGGUCCCCGGCGAGCCGUUCCGCCUGGAGCGCACGUGCGACUACAUCGCGGCGGACAAGGUGUACGCCGUGGUGCGCGGCAAGCGGUACGACCUGCAGCUCGACGCCGCUGACGUGCCCACCGCCACCGAGGCUGUCGCCGCUUAGAGUGGCCACCCGUGCUAGAGUACCCUAGGCUACUACUAGGAUGGUUUUUUUCUUUGUAACUUAUUUUGUUCUUUCUCGUAAGGAAACCAAGUUUC